UUCCGCAGGUGAACGGUUUUCAUUGUCGGCAAGAUGAAGCUGAAACCCAAAUGCUUCCUGCACUUUUUGUGUUUGGAUAAAAUCUACUGCUUGUUAUCUGUCAGAAACGCAAGGGCACUGGCGUCCUACUUUCAACUGCUCGAUGUUCACAAAAAUAAUUCUCUGAAUGGUAAGUUUCACACAGCAGCUAAAGUUAGGCCACAAAGGUGUGAACUGAAACUCCCAGAAUCAUUUUACUUUGCCUUCAAGCAGUUGCUGCCCCUCAGAUCAGCUAGAAAGAGGGACUUCACACGCUAAUUGAUCGGAAGAGGGAGGUGGGGAUCAGAGCAGAGCGCAUGAACUCUGAAGGAUGUCUUCAGAAAUGAAGCCUGUGGUCUUUCAUUCUUAAGGGGUUUGGCCACAAGCCAGAUUAUAAAAAGAACCACCCCAGACUGGACCAAAUAUCUGGGAGGGUACACUAUUAGCACUGCUGGGCGGGCAAGGUACCCUUGGGAAGUUUACACACAAAAUGUGGAGGCAUAAACUUUCCCUUUGUUGUCCCUAGUAUCUGGAAUUCAGAGGGCAAAACUAGGUUUAACAGCAGCAGCCCAACAUGCAGAACUGGGUCUGACAAUAAAUUCCUAUAACUUGACAGGGUGUGGUUUGGAGAUUUAAGUGUAGGGCAGGUGGCUGUGGAGAACAGAAUUCUUUCCUUUGCCUUCCAUAUGCUGAAAAUAUACAGGUUUUCUUUAAAAAAAACUAUAGUUUUUUAAAAAUCGGAAGAAACCCACACUGGAAGAAAAAUGGCUUAUUAAAAAGCUAUUUUGAGCGACAAAGCAUGGCUGCAGGAGGGUUCAGCCUCCUGCUGGCAUACUGUGAUUUGAAGUGUCAUUGUUGCAUCUAGCUGCUCCUCAGUGUUGGAGCUCAGAAUUCAUCUGCUCAUAAUCCAUUCCUGGGGCAAACGUAGGAGUGGGUGUUUUCUGAAUAUCGCCUCUCCUAACUUAUGCUUUGAAUAUAAGCACAAUAUGAUGAGUACGUGUGUUCAAGUAAAAUCAUCUUCAAUUGAUGGCUCUUUAAUGAGCAUCAGUACUAGUUCUGCGACCACUUUCAGACCUCAGAUUGCACUGCCCAUACACUUUGAGGAUUACGCGAGGCAAAUGAAACGGUACGUCUCUUUCCAACUAAUGCAUGCCAAACAUUUUGUGUCAAUCAAUCCAAAGGGGGAAGCUGAUUUCUAUGUUGUGGGAACAUUUAUUGCUAGGGAGUGUGUUACCAAGAUGCUCAGUAUAACUGGAACUUUGCACAUGCCUCAAGACUGUGUGCAUUUUGGCUUUGCUCUUGAGCAAUGAGAUAUGGCCUAAACUUUCCCUGCCCCUCUGCCAUAUCUAUUGCAAGCAGGUGCUCUCACUGAGUCUUAAAGUAAUGGAGGCAACCUGCACCAACCACCUUCUCCUGUAGUCUGAUUGCCUAAACUUACAUUUCCUGGGAAAGUGGUUACUCCUUUCUUGUAGAUAAAGUUGAAUAUUAAGAGCAUGCUCUGAUUUACAAGGCAGUAAAAAGAGGUCUCCUGGUCGCUCUGUUGUGGGGAAACCACAUUGUAUUCUGAGAUGAAUAUGUAAUUAAGGAUGUAUUUAAGGACAUAUUUAAAACACACAUUUUUAUGUGGAUUUCCCCCAGAUCUGCAGUUUUACAACUUUCUCCACUAUGUAACUGACCUGAGCAAGGCUCAGAUCAUGCUGGUGUUUGACCUACUGGACUGGGAUGGCAAAGGGGAGGUCAACUUUGAUGAAUUCUACAUGUUGGUGUGCAUCAUAAUGUCCCAUGAGGUAAAGUUAACUUAGCAAUUCCAGGCUGGGCUGGGGUAGGGGAGAUGCUUCUGGCAGCAGAAAAGGUAGUAAUGUUCAGUACAGUAUGUUUUGAAUUCUAUUUAGCUGAAUAGGGGGCAUUAAAUGUAAUAUGGAGCCAGAGAGAAUACAUGCCCACCGAGCACUAAGAAAAAACAAACAAACCUUAGUUCUGGUAUCACUAAUGUGGUAUCCAUUGGUGUCACUACACUCCCAGACACCUGUCGUGGUGCUUGUCAAUGCCCCCUGCAGCUCCCCCUCUUUUUAAAGUGCAUUUGCUUGCCUUGGGGAGGAGUAGCUUGUUCCCCCAUUUUAUUUAUUCUUCUGUGAAAUGGGUAUUUUGAAGUGUCUAUGACGGUUUUAGAUUUCCAUAUGUGUGCCUGGGCCACAAAAGAUUGUGAGCCCAUGCCUUUGUUCAUCCUAAUGCAGUGUUGGCCAAACUUGGGUCUCCAGCUGUUUUUGGACUACAAUUCCCAUCAUCCCUGACCACUGGUCCUGUUAGCUAGGGAGUUGUAGUCAAAAACAGCUGGAGACCCAAGUUUGGCCAACACUGUUCUAAUGAGCUGGUUCAGGCAUGAACAUGGUUGAGGAAGCUGGAAAUUGUCAGGCCUGCACACUGCUCCCCUUCUCCUCCCCUCAACCCACCCACCCACUUACCCCACCCUGCCCAGCUUUAACACAAACAUGCUAGUUUGUGUUAAACAGAGGUCUCCAUUACAUUCUAAAAAGGGAACUCUGAUUUAAUGGUGGCUUACUAAACUGGAUCAGAUUGUGGUUUAAGAUCCCGGUUAGUAAACCAAUAUUUAAAUCAGAUCUCUACUUUGAAGCUGGCAUCUGAGGGAGGAUUAGGAUCUCUGCACUGAAGCCAGCACAUGAGGAAGUGGGGGGAGGGACACACAUCAAGAGGAGACAUCAUACUGUGCAGGAUUCUCAAUGCAUUGCCAGUUCCAACGUUCUUGGACAACCUCAAUUUCAUCUUUCAUUAAACUGAUCUGGGCAAAUCUAGUGCUUCAGUUCCUACAGGAACCACUGCAUUUUGGAGACUACAAAUUCUGUUCUCGUCAGCGAGGUUUAUCCUAGUUUCACCAUUUGAGACAAUGGUCCCAUUGCUCUUAAUAGCAACCUCAAAGAAAACAAAACACAAAGACCGGAAUGUGCAGAUGAGGAAUGUUAAAAAGUCAUAUCCGCCCCCCCAUAACAUCAGAGUAACAUAUGUGCCAAUGCUUGGGUUUUAUACUGCUGGAAUUAUUUUUUUAAAAGAAACUUAAUUUAUACUCUAACUUCUCUUUCUGGGAUCAGAACCACCUUGAAAAGCAGUUCAUGUAUCGUCAUUGUCAUCCAGUUUUUGAGCUGCUGGACAUCGAUGGAGGGCACACAGUUGGCCCAGCAGAGUUCCAAUCCACUCGCUUCCUCUUUAAUAUUAAAAAGACCGAGCUGAGUCAGAUAUUCAAGGACUUUGACAUCUCUGGUGAUGAGGUAACAUUGUGUGUGUCUGUUGGUAGGUGAGAGUGGGAGAACAAAUGCAUGGGGAUAUGUGGGUACAGGGGCAUAGCCACGCGGGGCAGGGAGGGGCAGUAAAACAAUAAAAAUACUUAACUGACCAAUCACAUCAGUUCUCCCCCCCCAACAAAAGUCCUGCCCCCCCAAAAAAUCCUGGCUAUGCCCAUGUGUGGGUCCCUCCCCACCUAUAUUGCCCCAUCUUAAUAAGUCUUUGACUUUCAGUAGGCUGAAGAAGCCUCACCUAAGACUGCAACAACACGCACUAUUGUUCUCUGUGAUGUCAUGUGAUUGACAGGUGGGUGGCAGUCCUGCCUACCUGUCAAAGUUGGCAUGAUGGGAUGGUGUAUUUUUUUUAAUUAAAAACACCCAGUCGCCAGCCACAUCCAGUCCCACACCCCCAUUCAGAAGUCCAUGGCAGGAUUAGUUUAUGUUCACAAGAAUACCAUGCACAAUCCUGAGCUCCCUUGAGCCUACCCUUUUAUCAACUUGGCAGCUCCUCAUGAAGCUGCUGGUUCCUCUGUGUGCAGGAACCAUACCACACACAUGAAAGGCAUGCUAGCCUUAGACUUGCUUACCCAUCUAAGAUUCAGAUUUAAUUAUAGCAGACGUUACAGAAACACAGGUAAGAAAUUCCACUUGUCCAUUUGAUAAUGCAGGCCAUAAUGCCUACAAAAAAUUCUUGACUAGAGAGAUCUGAGGUUUAUCUUCAAGACCACCUCAGAAGGGCAGAGGGAAGACUUAAAGGGAAGGGUGGAAAAUGCCGUGUUCCUCCCAUAGAAUACUUGCUUAUGAACUAGCCAUUAAUAUUUCACGAAACUGCAAUAUUACCUUUUCCCUUCCAUCACCAGCAACUGAACUACAAGGAGUUCAGGAUGUUCACUAUCUUCUGCAUUGACCGACAACAGAGGAAGGCAAGGGAGAAACUGAGGAAGCAGAUAGCUAAGGCUGAAGCUGCAGCAGCAGAAGCAGAAUCAUUAUCUGAAUUUUCUUUCAAUGACCUUUAAUUACAUAUGGAAGAAAAGAGUGUUGUUUCCCCGGCAGCCAGAAAUUAAAAAAACGAAACAACCCGUCUCCACACCACAUGAAGCAGAACACACGAUAAACACUCAUUAAAAACCAUUUGCAGGCUGUUUACAAAGAUCAGAAGAGAACAGUGAGAAUAAAAUGUGUGUUGGGCUAUAUAAACACAAUAACUUUCUAAAUAAAUAAAUAAAGGUUAGUUUUUCAAAAAAA